AUACGGUCGAUUUUGGUUCAAUGCGCGCGCACGACGGUCCGCGAGUUUCACAAAUAUCAUUCCGGUCGGAGUGGUCGAGCGGCCCGGUCGUCCGCUUGGCCGGUAUGGAGCACGACGAGGAGCGCUCCCUGUCGCUGGGCACCGAGGUGUCGGCCUCGGUCCCGCCGCCGAGCCCCCUGACUGGGUGCUACCUACUCGCGGUUAUCGGAGAACCUCACACACACGAGCAUAAGGAGAUUAUACUGCAGAGGCUUGUCAAAGGGCUACUAUCAUGGGAUUCAAACGAGCACCAGGUGGACCUGGAGGCCGAGCUGGCCACCCUCACGGCGCAGGCACCCGAGGGGGAGGAGGCCAGAUAUGGAGAACGACUAAUCCAAUUCGCGUCCGAGAACCUCGUGACGGAGAUCCUCAUCCACCCACAGAUGAACACGCUGAUGCAGUGCAUGAGGAACCUUCUCAGCAGCUUCACCAGGCAUCGGCACCUGGUGCACGCCGGCUACACCGCCGCGGGGAACGGCUCCUGGAUCAUGCAGGACGGCACAUUCUCCCUCGCAGACUUCACAGACGCCUACCAAGAGAACGAGGUCCAACGCGUCAUCAGGGCCUACGAAAACUCGAUCUCCAUCGACAUACACUGCUCUACCAGCGGUGGUGGGGAGUGGAGCAAACUCCCAGAUAUGCCAUUCGUGAAACAUUGCAAGAUUAGGGUCAACCCUACGGAUAUACUCGAUUCUGGCUCGCAAGCCAUUAAUGACUUUGUCGCAUACCUGGAGCCCUACAUCACCCCAGCGAGUCUGGAGCGCCUGCUGGAGGCCUCCGACGUGGUGGGCAACAUCCGCUUCAGCCAUCCUACUCUAUACGUGUUCCCUGGCGGACAGGGAGACGCCGCGCUCUUCGGGAUUAACGGCUUCAACAUGCUUGUUGAUGGCGGCUUCUCCCGCAAAGCUUGCUGGUGGGACUUCGCUCGCCACCUGGACCGCCUGGACGCCGUGUUGCUGACCAGGCUGAACAACUGUUCCGCUGCGGGUAUGGCGGCUGUGCUACGCAGGAAGGCACAGGCGUCUGUUUACCCGCAGAUUGGACAUUUCUUCUGUAACCUGGAAGAGCGACGAGCCCUCGCAAGCCCCGACGGGGACAAAGACGCGGACCCCCUCCUCGUGUCCCUCCUACAGGAGGGUUCCGACAUGAUGGCGGACCUCCGACACCUCAACCUGAAGCCUCAGCAGUGCUACCGUAGCCCUGAGCCUAUUAACUUAUACCACAAAGUUGGACACGGUACACUCGACAUGUACGUCCUGAAUCCGUCCAAGGACUCCAAGCACGUGCGGGACUUCCUCAAGAAAUGGCACAACAGUGAACAAAAGCUCUUUGAGGGAGCCAGCGUCUCCAGCGCCUUCAACUUCCCCAUCCCCAAUCUCGUCUCCAUCUGCGCUCUCCUCGUAUGGCGACCAGCCAACCCUGACGACACCAUCACCCGAAUAAUGUUCCCAGGCUCAACCCCACAGCAUAAAAUCUUCGAAGGCCUAGAAAAACUCAAACAUCUUGAGUUCCUACAGCACCCGACAUGCACGGGCCGACAAAUUGCACCUCCGGCCCCACAACCUACAACUACGACAAGAGUCAAAAGUACCAGGACGACUAUAAGCAAAGAAAAAAUAGAUAAAACGAAAGACGAUAAAAUUGCAGAACCCGAACCUCCCCCAAAAGUUAAAGAUGAGAAAAACAUCAUAGAUAAUAAGUUACUCAGCGAACUGACUGACGGCGAGGAAAAGAAAAUUGAAUCUGUGCUGCAAGAGGCCAUCACAGGCAGGGUAGAGACCAAAUUAGAUGAUAAAAUUGCUCAGUACGAGAGCACUGUGAUAGAUAGUAAAAAGAAAGAAGCAAAGAAAAAAGAAAAAGUAGCGGAAAAGAAGAAACGAAUCGAUAAGACUGAAGAAAAAGAGGUAAAGGAAGUUAAAACGGAAUCAAAACAGGAAGUGAAAAAGACGGAACGUAAGAAAUUAGAGGUACGAAAAAGUGAAACGACUAGUGCGACUACUAGGACAAAAAUUAGUCACCGAACUGCGGUACAGAAAACCGAAAAGAAAACAAGUACUAGUUUAUUAGAAAAAAAGCCAGGUGAUGAUAAGAAAUCGCCGCCGGCCACUCCGAAAAAGACAGCAGAAGUUAAAUCGACCAUCUCCGGCAUUCAACCAACUGUAAAAGAUAGAGUUAAAGCUAAGACAAGAAAACUGAGCCCCGGAAGUACUCCAGCUAAAAGCACUAAAGAAGCCGCGAACCGCAGGGUCAUGGAAUCAAAAUACAAACUGCCAUCUCCCAAACGGGAUACCACUCAGAAGACUGUAGAUAAACCUAAGGUAAAACGUGAACCUAUUUCACGAAGACCACGACCUCUAGCUUCACCAGUGAAAGGAAUGAAAGCUAUGAAAAGUCCCACGAAAUCUAUGAAAUCAGUGAAAGUGGACUCGAAACUAAAAGGACUCCAAAGAGUUAAUUACGAAGACAUUCUAAAAGACGCCAAAAAAUCAGACGAGGACACGUCUAAGUCACUUGACGAUAUUAAACUACAAGAAUUAGAUGAUAGGGAGGAGCAAGAGAUUGUAAGAGAGAUUGAAGCCGUAUUUAAUAGAGACAGUGAGGCUGAAGAAAAAGUGGAAUUCGUGGGACGUUCUGAUAUUGAAAAACUAAUAAUAGAUGACACAAAAAUUGAAACAGCAGCUGAUGCAGAAUUUGAAGAGGAAUACUUAAUUAUUGAAAAAGAAGAAGUUGAACAAUACACUGAAGAUUCUAUCGCAGAUCACGAGGCCAGUCAAGAACGUGAGGAUGAAUUACAAAAGCACAUUAAAGAUAAGGAAGAAUCAGAAAAGAAGAAGGAUGAUUUCAAAGAGGAGCACGUUAGUGAAAAACCAACAAUAGAGUUGAAAACAGAUAUUAAACAAGAAUCAAAAGAACACUCUAUCAGUGUUGAAGAAAAGCAGGACCACAGUAGUGAAAAGAAAACUUCAGAUAGCAAAAACGGUGCUGUCAAACCUAAAGAUUCAUUAGAACUUAAUGUAAUGCAGGAAUCACAACCCGAUGAAAAAAUAUCGACUACUAUCGAAUCUGGGGCGACCACAGCGCCAACAUUACCAGAAGAUGAGAGGAUAACUCUUGAUGAAAUCAAGGAAGAUCAGCAAGUAGAAGAAAAACAUGUCAAAGAAGAAACAAAGGAAGUAGUUCCCCCACAAACGCUUAUAGACAUUAAAGCAAAGAGUCCAAAAUUAGAAACAAUACCAGCGCCAUUAAGAGAAAUAGUUAAAACACCCGAUGAAGUCGCAGACUUGCCUUUACAUGAAGAAGUAGAUUACAGAACAUAUGAAGAAAAGAAAACCCCGGUUGAAGAAGAUAUAUUUAAACGGAAACCAAAUGUUGGUUUUAUUCAUGAAAUUAAAGUACCUAAAGACCUGCCUAUUAAAGAAAUGAAAGCUGCAACGUCCUUCACAGGAAGUCAACAUGAUGUGGUUUUAAAAACUGUGGAGCGUCCGUCGCAUGCUGAGCUGGUGAUGGUUACUCCGGGAUCAGCACCAGAAUCACCAAUGUACCCAGAACCGAGUAAAGUCCUCGCUGUGAAAGAACUAGAACCAGUCAAAGAGUAUGAUGAUACAGACUUCAACUAUGGACAAUACACAGAACAAUUAAGAGAGACUCAUAUUACUACUGUAGACUCUCCCAUCAAAGAUGAAAUAGUUAUUGUUGAAGAGAUUAUUGCAGAUAAAAUACCCUCAAUACCUGAAGAUGUCGAAAAAGAAAUUGAAGAGGCACGUAAGUUAGAAGGCAUAGAUAGGCCUCCUUUAAGCCCUAAAGACGUAGAAAAAAUUGUUGCGGAUGUCGCUGAAGUAUUAAAAUCUGAUAAGAGUUUAGAAGAAAUCAUGGCUGAAAAGUCCCCAGUUAUGCUUCAGAAGUCUCCUGAACACUUGUUUAAAGCGGAUACGAUAGCAAGUGCUAUUGAAGCAACGAAGCAGUUAAUCUCAAGUGAGACAGCUCUAAAAGAAGAAAAACACAAAGAUACUAAACAAGAGACUGCUGAUAUGGUCAAAGAGAUUUCUCCUGCAAGAUCAAUUGCAUCUGAAGAUUUAAGUGAAGUUUCAGACAAAACUGUACUUAGUGAGGGCAAGCGAACUAAACGUGAAAUCAAAGAAGACAUGCAUGACCAAAAGAAAGUAAAGGAUGAUUUAACUAAAGUAAUUAAGGAAACAGUACAAGAGUUAGUUGAAACAGAUGAACAAAAAGACGACAGUCAACAUUUUAUAGAAGAAAAAUCAGAGAAAAGACUUAGCGUUUCUUUGGAAACAGCAAAAACGCUAGAAAAAUUAGAAGAGAGAAUGGCUGACCUUAAGAAAAAGGAAGAAGCAAUAUCUCAAAAAAUACUAUUUGACAAGAAACGAACAAGUAUUGAUUACCUAGAAAAAGACACGCUUGAAGAGAGUGUAACAUCCAAAAAGACUGUCAAUGAGGUCGCGACGAAAUUAGAUGAAGCAGUACAUUCUUCAGAUGUAGUAGACUUUGUCACAAGCCAAGAGACUAAAAAGUUGCAUGAUGAAAUAUUAUCAACAGAAAAAGACAUAUCUAGUGAAGUUAAGGAACAAAUGACAACAGUUACUAAAGAUCACGAGGUUCUUAAAAAUGGUAUGUCUUCAACUGAUUACCACGAAAUUCAGCAGACGUUGGAUGGAACUGAAAAGAGCCUUAAAUUACAAAAAGAUAUGCAAGAGAUAGAAGAAAAGGUAUUAGACAAAAAGUCAACUCAAAUGGAUAGCAAACAAGUCCAUGAAUCUGAUGUUGAAGAAACCGUCACCAUCGAUAAAAACAUCCUCAAAUCUGAUGAUCUUCUCAGCAAGGUUCACUCGAAAGAACCCAGUCCAGAGAAGAUUGAUCAGAGUAUAGUCGAAGAUAAGAUAAAAGCAGACCAUUUUGCUAAAGUAGGUAGCACUUAUAAAGAUUUGACUGUCACAGACAAAACAAAGACUGCUCAAGUAUAUGAAGAUUUGACCGUGACUACGGCUGAUGUGCAUGAAAGUCACAAUGUUGAUAUCCAAAAUGGACAUAGAGAAGAAAAAGAAAGCCCUGAAAAAGAAUAUAGCCUACUUUCGUUGAAAGAAAGUAAACUUUCUCUUGACAAGGAAAAAGACGAUACUGAAGAAUCUCACGAAGAUAGAAAAUCAAGUAUCAUUGAAACAGCUACUAAAGUAGUAAGUGAUAUAUCCAGUCAAAUAUUCAAAAAAACUGACAAGGUAUUAGAAAAGCACCUCCUGAAAGAGGCUGAAACUUCUGACAAACUUGAUGAAAAGCAAGUAGGUAUAGAAAAGGAAAUUCAGCCAGAGGUGUCGAUCGAUGGUGAAAAAGUUCAAAGCAUAUCGAAACUAUACAGUGUAACAGAAAAAGGCAUAGAUGAUAAAAUACACGUAAAGCAUACAACCGACUUUGCUAAAUCUAUUGAAACAAGUAUAAGUAAAGAAACUAUCGACGUAACUUCGAAGGGCUUGAGAAUUGAUAAGGACUCAGGAAUUUUGGAUGGCAUUGAUAAAUUACAUGAAAAACUGAGUCCAGAAAAAGAGGAGAAAGACGAAGACGUGACAUCCGACGAGCUUACAGAAACAACGCCACUUUCAGAUAAACCUGAGAAGGACCUUAGUCCGCAAAAACAGCAGACUGAAAUCAUCGACAGCCUAGAAACAGAAUUAAAUUUAGCAGAUAAACAGUCUUCAUUGGAUGAGGCACCUAGUCCGACAUUAUCACAAAAGGCGCCUUCUGAAAGGGCGCCAAGUUUAAUUCCUUCGGAGAAAGCACCUAGCCCCGUACCAUCUGAGAAAGCCACAAGUUUAGAACCUUCUCAAAAAGCACCAAGCCCAGUACCAUCUGAGACGGCCAUAUCUGAGAAAGCACCAAGUCCAGUAGCAUCUGAAAAAGCCCCAUUUCACAAAGCAUCUAGCCCUAUACUAUCUGAGAAGGCCCCAUUUGACAAGGCAAUUAGCCCUACAUUUUCGGAGAAAAUACCGUCAGAACGGGCACCUAGCCUCGUUCCUUCAGAAAAAGCAGUAAGCCCACUUCUUUUUGACAAAAUGCCUAUCCCUACAUUAUCAGAGAAGACUCUGUCAGAAAAAUCAUUAAGCCCUACACCAUCAGACAGGGUCCCUUCGGAAAAGUCACCUAGCCGAACGGUAUUAGAUAAAGCACCUUCGGAAAAAACCCCUUCAGAUGAGGCAGUAUUAAGCUCAGUACCAUCUGAAAAGGCUCCAUGGGAGAAAGCUUCUAGCCCAGUACCAUCUCAAAAGGCCCCAUCAGAGAAAGCUCCCAGCUUAAUACCGUCAGAAAAGGCCCCGUCUGAGAAAGGCUCCAGCCCAGUACUGUCUGAAAAGGCCCCAACGGAGAAGGCUCCCAGCCCAGUGCCGUCUGAAAAGGCCCCAACGGAGAAGGCUCCCAGCACAGUACCGUCUGAAAAAGCCCCAUUGGAGAAGGCUCCCAGUCCAGUGCUGUCUGAAAAAGCCCCUACAGAGAAGGCUACCAGCCCAGUACUGUCUGAAAAAGCCCCAUCGGAGAAGAUUCCCAGCCCAGUACCGUCUGAUAAAGCCCUUUCGGAGAAGGCUCCCAGCCCAAUGCCGUCUGAAAAGGCCCCAUCGGAGCCGGCACUCAGCCCAGUACCAUCUGAAAAGGCCCCUUCGGAGAAGGCCCCCAGCCCAGUACCGUCUGAAAAGGCCCCUUCGGAGAAGGCUCCCAGCGCAGUGCCGCCUGAAAAGGCCCCAUCGGAGCAGGCAACCAGUUCAGUACCAUCUGAAGAGGCCCCAUCGAAAAAGGCUCCAAGCCCAGUGCUGUCUGAAAAAGCCCCUUCGGAGAAGGCACUCAGCCCAGUGCCGUCUGAAAAGGCUGCCAGCCCAGUACCGUCUGAAAAGGCCCCAUCGGAGAAGGCCACCAGCCCAGUACCGUCUGAAAUGGCUGCCAGCCCAGUACCAUCUGAAAAGGCUCCGUCGGAGAAGGCGCCCAGCCCAGUGCCAUCUGAAAAGGCCCCAUCGGACCAGGCAACCAACCCAGUACCAUCUGAAAAGGCCCAAUUGGAGAAUGCCCCAAGCCCAGUACCGUCCGAAAAAGCCCCAUCAGAGAUGGCUCCAAGCCCAGUGCCGUCUGAAAAGGCCCCAUCGGAAAAGGCUCCCAGCCCAGUACCAUCUGAAAAGGCUCCAUUGGAGAAGGCACUCAGCCCAGUACCAUCUGACAAGGCCUCAUCGGAGAAGGCCCCUAGCCCAGUACCGUCUGAAAAGGCCCCUUCGGAGAAGGCUCCCAGCCCAGUGCCACCUGAAAAGGCCCCAUCGGAGCAGGCAACCAGCCCAGUACCAUAUGAAAAGGCCCCAUCGAAGAAGGGCCCAAGCCCAGUACCAUCCGAAAAGACGCCGUCGGAGAAGGCACCCAGCCCAGUACCGUCUGAAAAGGCCCCAUCGGAGAUGGUUCCCAGCCCAGUACCGUCUGAAAAAGCCCCAUUGGAGCAGGCACCUAGCCAAAUACCAUCUGAAAAAGCUCCAUCAGAGAAGGCUCCCAGCCCAGUACACUAUGAAAAAGCCCCUUCGGAGAAGGCACCCAGCCCAGUACCGUCUGAAAAGGCUGCCAGCCCAGUACCGUCUGAAAAGGCCCCAUCGGAGAAGGCGCCCAGCCCAGUACCACCUGAAAAGUCCUCAUCGGAGAAGGCCCCCAGCCCAGUACCGUCUGAAAAAGCCCCAUCAGAGAAGGCUCCAAGCUCAGUGCUGUCUGAAAAAGCCCCAUCGGAGAAGGCUCCCAGCCCAGUACCGUCUGAAAAGGCCCCAUCGGACCAGGCAACCAGCCCAGUACCAUCUGAAAAGGCCCCAUCGGAGAAGGCCCCAAGCCCGGUACCGUCCGAAAAGGCCCCACCAGAGAAGGCACCCAGCCCAGUACCGUCUGAAAAGCCUGCCAGCCCAGUACCGUCUGAAAAGGCCCCAUCGGAGAAGUCGCCCAGCCCAGUACCAUCUGAAAAGUCCUCAUCGGAGAAGGCCCCCAGCCCAGUACCGUCUGAAAAAGCCCCAUCAGAGAAGGCUCCAAGCUCAGUGCUGUCUGAAAAAGCCCCAUCGGAGAAGGCUCCCAGCCCAGUACCGUCUGAAAAGGCCCCAUCGGACCAGGCAACCAGCCCAGUACCAUCUGAAAAGGCCCCUUCAGAAAAGGCCCCCAGCCCAGUGCCGUCUGAAAAGGCUCCAUCGGAGAAGGCACCCAGCCCAGUACCAUCUGAAAAGGCUGCCAGACCAGUACUGCCUGAAAAGGCUGCCAGCCCAGUACCGUCUGAAAAGGCCCCGUCGGAGAAGGAGCCCAGCCCAGUGCUAUCUGAAAAGGCCCCAUUGGACAAGGCAACUAGCCCAGUACCAUCUGAAAAGGCCCCAUCGGAGAAGGCCCCAAGCCCUGUACCGUCCGAAAAGGCCCCAUCGGAGAAGGCUCCCAGCCCAGUACCGUCUGAAAAAGCCCCAUCGGAGCAGGCACCUAGCCCAAUACCAUCUGUAAAGGCUCCAUCAGAGAAGGCUCCCAGCCCAGUACACUAUGAAAAAGCCCCUUCGGAGAAGGCACCCAGCCCAGUACCGUCUGAAAAGGCUGCUAGCCCAGUGCCGUCUGAAAAGGCCCCAUCGGAGAAGGCGCCCAGCCCAGUACCAUCUGAAAAGGCUGCCAGACCAGUACUGGCUGAAAAGGCUGCCAGCCCAGUACCGUCUGAAAAGGCUGCCAGACCAGUACUGGCUGAAAAGGCUGCCAGCCCAGUACCGUCUGAAAAGUCCCCAUCAGAAAAGGCCCCCAGCCAAGUGCCGUCUGAAAAGGCUCCAUCGGAGAAGGCACCCAGCCCAGUACCAUCUGAAAAGGCUGCCAGACCAGUACUGGCUGAAAAGGCUGCCAGCCCAAUACCGUCUGAAUUGGCCCCGUCAGAGAAGGCGCCCAGCCCAGUGCUAUCUGAAAAGGCCCCAUUGGACAAGGCAACCAGUCCAGUACCAUCUGAAAAGGCCCCAUCGGAGAAGGCCCCAAGCCCAGUACCGUACGAAAAGACCCCAUCGGACAAGGCCCCAAGCCCAGUACCGUCCGAAAAGGCUCCAUCGGAGAAGGCCCCCAGCCCCUUGCCGUCUGAAAAGGCCCCAUCAGAGAAGGCUCCCAGCCCAGUACCAUCUGAAAAAGCCCCAUCAGAAAAGGCUCCCAGCCCAGUGCCGUCUGAAAAGCCACCAUCGGAGAAAGCACCCAGCCCAAUACCGUCUGAAAAGGCUGCCAGCCCAGUACCGUCUGAAAAGGCUGCUAGCCCAGUGCCGUCUGAAAAGGCCCCAUCGGAGAAGGCUCCAAGCCCAGUGCCGUCUGAAAAGCCUUCAUCGGAGAAGGCACCCAGCCCAAUACCGUCUGAAAAGGCUGCCAGCCCAGUACCGUCUGAAAAGGCCCCAUCGGAGAAGGCUCCCAGCCCAGUACCAUCUGAAAAAGCCCCAUCAGAAAAGGCUCCCAGCCCAGUGCCGUCUGAAAAGCCACCAUCGGAGAAAGCACCCAGCCCAAUACCGUCUGAAAAGGCUGCCAGCCCAGUACCGUCUGAAAAGGCCCCAUCGGAGAAGGCCCCCAGCCCAGUACCGUCUGAAAGAGCCCCAUCAGAAAAGGCUCCAAGCCCAGUGCCGUCUGAAAAGCCUUCAUCGGAGAAGGCACCCAGCCCAAUACCGUCUGAAAAGGCUGCCAGCCCAGUACCGUCUGAAAAGGCCCCAUCGGAGAAGGCCCCCAGCCCAGUACCGUCUGAAAGAGCCCCAUCAGAGGUGGCUCCCAGCCCAGUGCCGUCUGAAAAGGCCCUAUCGGAGAAGGCUCCCAGCCCAGUGCCGUCUGAAAAGGCCCCAUCGGAGCAGGCAUCAAGCCCAGUACCAUCUGAAAAGGCCCCAUUGGAGAAAGCUCCCAGCCCAGCGCUGUCUGAAAAGGAUCCGUCUGAGAAGGCCUCCAGCCCAGUACCGUCUGAAAAAGCUCCGUCGGAGAAGGUGCCCAGCCCAGUGCCAUCUGAAAGGGACCCAUCGGAUCAGGCAACCAGCCCAGUACCAUCUGAAAAGGCCCCAUCGGAGAAGGCCCCAAGCCCAGUACCGUCUGAAAAAGCCCCAUCAGAGAAGGCUCCCAGCCCAGUGCUGUCUGAAAAAGCCCCAUCGGAGAAGGCUCCCAGCCCAGUACCGUCUGAAAAAGCCCUAUCAGAGAAGGCUCCCAGCCCAGUGCCGUCUGAAAAGGCCCCAUCGGAGCAGGCAUCAAGCCCAGUACCAUCUGAAAAGGCCCCAUUGGAGAAAGCUCCCAGCCCAGUGCUGUCUGAAAAAGCCCUUUCCGAGAAGGCACCCAGUCCAGUGCCGUCUGAAAAGGCUGCCAGCCCAGUACCGUCUGAAAAGGCCCCGUCGGAGAAGACGCUCAGCCCAGUGCCGUCAGAAAAGGCCCCAUCGGAGACGGCUCCCAGCCCAGUACCGUCUGAAAAAGCCCUUUCGGAGAAGGCUGCCAGCCCAGAACCGUCUGAAAAAGCCCCAUCAGAGAAGGCUCCCAGCUCAGUCCCGUCUGAAAAGGCCCCAUCGGAGCAGGCAUCAAGCCCAGUACCAACUGAAAAGACCCCAUUGGAGAAAGCUCCCAUCCCAGCGCUGUCUGAAAAGGAUCCGACUGAGAAUGCCUCCAGCCCAGUACCGUCUGAAAAAGCCCCUUCGGAGAAGGCACCCAGCCCAGUACCGUCUGAAAAGGCUGCCAGCCCAUUACCGUCUGAAAAGGCUCCGUCGGAGAAGGUGCCCAGCCCAGUGCCAUCUGAAAGCGACCCAUCGAACCAGGCAACCAGCCCAGUACCAUCUGACAAGGCCCCAUCGGAGAAGGCCCCAAGCCCAGUACCGUCUGAAAAAGUCCCAUCAGAGAAGGCUCCCAGCCCAAUGCCGUCUGAAAAUGCCCCAUCGGAGAGGUCUCCAAGCCCAGUGCUGUCUGAAAAAGCCCCAUUGGAAAAGGCUCCCAGCCCAGUACUGUCUGAAAAAGCCCCAUCGGAGAAGGUUCCAAGCCCAUUGCUGUCUGAAAAAGCCCCAUCCGAGAAAACACACAGCCCAGUGCCUUCUGAAAAGGCUGCCAGCCCAGUACCGUCUGAAAAGGCCCCGUCCGAGAAGGCGCUCAGCCCAGUGCCGUCUGAAAAGGCCCCACCGGAGAAGGCUCCCAGCUCAAUGCCGUCUGAAAAGGCCCCAUCGGAACAGACAUCAAGCCCAGUACCAACUGAAAAGACCCCAUUGGAGAAAGCUCCCAGCCCAGCGCUGUCUGAAACGGCCCCAUCUGAGAUGGCCUCCAGCCCAGUACCGUCUGAAAAAGCCCCAUCAGAGAAGGCUCCCAGCCCAGUGCCGUCUGAAAAGGCCCCAUCGGAGAAGGCCCCCAGCCCAGUACCGUCUGAAAAAGCCGCAUCGGAGAGGGCUCCAAGCCCAGUGCUGUCUGAAAAAGCCCCAUCGGAAAAAGCUCCCAGCCCAGUACCGUCUGAAAAGGCCCUUUCGGGUAAGGCUUCCAGCCCAGUACUAUCUGAAAAAGCCCCAUCGGAGAAGGUUCCAAGCCCAGUGCCGUCUGAAAAGGCCCCAUCGGAGCAGGCAUCAAGCCCAGUACCAACUGAAAAGACCCCAUUGGAGAAAGUUCCCAGCCCAGAGCUGUAUGAAAAGGCCCCAUCUGAGAAGGCCUCCAGCCCAGUACCGUCUGAAAAAGCCCCAUCGGAGAGGGCUCCCAGCCCAGUACCGUCUGAAAAAGCCCCAUCAGAGAAGGCUCCCAGCCCAGUGCCGUCUGAAAAGGCUCCCAGCCCAGUACCGUCUGAAAAGGCCCCAUCGGAGAAGGCCCCCAGCCCAGUACCGUCUGAAAAAGCCGCAUCGGAGAAGGCUCCCAGCCCAGUUCCGUCUGAAAAAGCCCCAUCAGAGAAGGCUCCCAGCCCAGUGCCGUCUGAUAAGGCCCCAUCGGAGAAGGCCCCCAGCCCAGUACCGUCAGAAAAAGCCGCAUCGGAGAGGGCUCCCAGCCCAGUACCGUCUGAAAAAGCCCCAUCAGAGAAGGCUCCCAGCCCAGUGCCGUCUGAGAGGGCCCUAUCGGAGAAGGCUCCCAGCCCAGUGCCGUCCGAAAAGGCCCUUUCGGAGAAGGUUCCCAGCCCAGUACCGUCUGAAAAAACCCCAUCAGAGAAGGCUCCCUGCCCAGUGCCGUCUGAAAAGGCCCCAUCGGAGCAGGCAUCAAGCCCAGUACCAACUGAAAAGACCCCAUUGGAGAAAGCUCCCAGCCCAGCGCUAUCUGAAAAGGCCCCAUCUGAGAAAGCCUCCAGCCUAAUACCGUCUGAAAAAGCCCCAUCGGAGAGGGCUCCAAGCCCAGUGCUGUCUGAAGAAGCCCCAUCGGAGAAGGCUCCCAGCCCAGUACCGUCUGAAAAGGCCCCAUCGGAGAAGGCCCCCAGCCCAGUACCGUCUGAAAAAGCCCCAUGGGAGAGGGCGCCAAGCCCAGUGCUGUCUGAAAAAGCCCCAUCGGAGAAGGCUCCCAGCCCAGUACCGUCUGAAAAGUCCCUUUCGGGUAAGGCUUCCAGCCCAGUAUUGUCUGAAAAAGCCCCAUCGGAGAAGGUUCCAAGCCCAGUGCUGUCUGAAAAAGCCCUUUCCGAGAAGGCAUCCAGCCCAGUGCCGUCUGAAAAGGCUCCCAGCCCAGUACCGUCUGAAAAGGCCCCAUCGGAGAAGGCCCACAGCCCAGUACCGUCUGAAAAAGCCCCAUCGGAGAGGGCUCCAAGCCCAGCGAUGUCUGAAAAAGCCCCAUCGGAAAAGGCUCCCAGCCCAGUACCGUCUGAAAAGGCCCUUUCGGGUAAGGUUUCCAGCCCAGUAUUGUCUGAAAAAGCCCCAUCGGAGAAGGUUCCAAGCCCAGUGCUGUCUGAAAAAGCCCUUUCCGAGAAGGCACCAAGCCCAGUGCCGUCUGAAAAGGCUGCCAGCCCAGUACCGUCUGAAAAGGCCCCGUCGGAGAAGGCGCUCAGCCCAGUGCCGUCAGAAAAGGCCCCAUCGGAGACGGCUCCCAGCCCAGUACCGUCUGAAAAAGCACUUUCGGAGAAGGCUGCCAGCCCAGAACCCGCUGAAAAAGCCCCAUCAGAGAAGGCUCCCAGCUCAGUCCCGUCUGAAAAGGCCCCAUCGGAGCAGGCAUCAAGCCCAGUACCAACUGAAAAGACCCCAUUGGAGAAAGCUCCCAGCCCAGUGCUGUCUGAAAAAGCCCUUUCCGAGAAGGCACCCAGUCCAGUGCCCUCUGAAAAGGCUGCCAGCCCAGUACCGUCUGAAAAGGCCCCGUCGGAGAAGGCGCUCAGCCCAGUGCCGUCAGAAAAGGCCCCAUCGGAGACGGCUCCCAGCCCAGUACCGUCUGAAAAAGCCCUUUCGGAGAAGGCUGCCAGCCCAGAACCGUCUGAAAAAGCCCCAUCAGAGAAGGCUCCCAGCUCAGUCCCGUCUGAAAAGGCCCCAUCGGAGCAGGCAUCAAGCCCAGUACCAACUGAAAAGACCCCAUUGGAGAAAGCUCCCAGCCCAGUGCUGUCUGAAAAAGCCCUUUCCGAGAAGGCACCCAGUCCAGUGCCGUCUGAAAAGGCUGCCAGCCCAGUACCGUCUGAAAAGGCCCCGUCGGAGAAGGCGCUCAGCCCAGUGCCGUCAGAAAAGGCCCCAUCGGAGACGGCUCCCAGCCCAGUACCGUCUGAAAAAGCCCUUUCGGAGAAGGCUGCCAGCCCAGAACCGUCUGAAAAAGCCCCAUCAGAGAAGGCUCCCAGCUCAGUCCCGUCUGAAAAGGCCCCAUCGGAGCAGGCAUCAAGCCCAGUACCAACUGAAAAGACCCCAUUGGAGAAAGCUCCCAGCCCAACGCUGUCUGAAAAGGCCCCAUCUGAGAAGGCCUCCAGCCCAGUACCGUCUGAAAAAGCCCCAUCGGAGAGGGCUCCAAGCCCAGUGCUGUCUGAAACAGCCCCAUCGGAGCAGGCUCCCAGCCCAGUACCGUCUGAAAAGGCCGCAUCGGAGAAGGCCCCAAGCCCAGUACCGUCGGAAAAGGCCCCAUCGGAGCAUGCACCGAGCCCAGUACCAUCCGAAAAAGCCCCAUCAGAGACGGCUCCCAGCCCAGUGCCGUCUGAAAAGACCCCAUCGGAGCAGACAUCCAGCACAGUACCAUCCGAAAAGGCCCCGUUGGAAAAGGCCUCCAGCCCAGUACCGUCUGAAAAGGCCCCGUCGGAGAAGGCGCCCAGGACAGUGCCAUCUGAAAAGGCCCCAUCGGACCAGGCACCCAGCCCAGUACCAUCUGAAAAGGCCCCGUUGGAGAAGGCUACCAGCACAAUGCUGUCUGAAAAAACCCCUUCGGAGAAGGCUCUCAUCCUAGAGCCGUCCGAAAAGGCCCCGUCGGAGAAGGACCCAUUGGAGCAGGCACUCAGCCCAGUCCUGUCUGAAAAGGCCUCAUCGGAGAAGGCUCCCAGCCCAGAGCCCUCUGGAAAGGCCCCAUCGGAGAAAGCACCCAGCCCAGUACCGUCUGAAAAAGCCCCAUCAGAAAAGGCAUACAGUCCAGUACUAUCUGAAAAGGCCCCAUCGGAGAAAGCCCCCAGCCCAGUUACGUCCGAAAAGGCGCCGUCGGAGACGGCACCCAGCCCAGUACCGUCUGAAAAGGCCCCAUUGGAGAAGGCUCCCAGCCCAGUGCCGAUUGAAAUGGCCCCAUCGGAGCAGGCACCCAGCCCAGUACCGUCUGAAAAGGCCCCGGCGGAGAAGGGCCCAUCGGAGCAGGCACCCAGCCCAGUGCUAUCUGAAAAGGCCCCAUCGGAGAAGGCUCCCAGCCCAGAGCCAUCUGGAAAGGCCCCAUCGGAGAAAGCACCCAGUACAGUACCGUCUGAAAAGGCCCCGUUGGAGAAGACUCCCAGUCCAGUACCAUCGGAAACGGCUCCGUCGGAGAAGGCUUUCAGCCCAGUGCUGUCUGAAGAAGUCCCAUCGGAGAAGGCUCCCAGCCCAGUACCGUCUGAAAAGGCCGCAUCGGAAAAAGCACCCAGCCCAGUACCGGCCGAAAAGGCCCCGUCGGAGAAGGCAGCAAGCCCAGAACCGUCUGAAAAGGCUGCCAGCCUAGUACCGUCUGAAAAGGCCCCGUCGGAGAAGGCUACCACUCCAGUGCCGAUUGAAAUGGCCCCAUCGGAGCAGGCACCCAGCCCAGUACCGUCUGAAAAGGCCCCGGCGGAGAAGGGCCCAUCGGAGCAGGCACCCAGCCCAGUGCUAUCUGAAAAGGCCCCAUCGGAGAAGGCUCCCAGCCCAGAGCCAUCUGGAAAGGCCCCAUCGGAGAAAGCACCCAGUACAGUACCGUCUGAAAAGGCCCCGUUGGAGAAGACUCCCAGUCCAGUACCAUCGGAAACGGCUCCGUCGGAGAAGGCUUUCAGCCCAGUGCUGUCUGAAGAAGUCCCAUCGGAGAAGGCUCCCAGCCCAGUACCGUCUGAAAAGGCCGCAUCGGAAAAAGCACCCAGCCCAGUACCGGCUGAAAAGGCCCCGUCGGAGAAGGCAGCAAGCCCAGAACGGUCUGAAAAGGCUGCCAGCCUAGUACCGUCUGAAAAGGCCCCGUCGGAGAAGGCUACCACUCCAGUGCCGAUUGAAAAGGCCCCAUCGGAGCAGGCACCCAGCCCAGUGCUAUCUGAAAAGACACUGUUGGACAAGGCGCCCAGCCUAGUACCGUCUGAAAAGGCCCCGUUGGCGAAGGCUUCCAGUCCAGUACCAGCCGAAAAGGCCCCAUUGGAGAUGGCAUCCAGCCCAGUACUAUCUGAGGAGGCCCCAUCGGAGAAGAAGGCACCUAGCCCAGUACCGUCUGAAAAGGUGCCAUCGGAGAAGGCUCCCAGCCCAGUACCGUCGUUAUCAGAGAAGGCACCGUCUGAGAGAGCACUUAGUCCAUUAACUACUGGCAAAGCCACAUCAGAAAAGGUGCUAAGCCCUACACCAUCUGAGGAGACACCAAGCCCAGUGCCGUCUGACAAAGCGCCUAGCCACACAUUAUCAGAGAAGUCACCGUCGGAAAGGAAACGAAGCCUGGCACCAUCAGAAACGGCACCUAGCCCGGUACCAUCUGAAAGGGCUCCUAGCCCCACAUUAUCAGAGAAGACUCCUUCUGAAAGACCACCAAGUCUAGUCCCUUCGGAAAAGACACCUAGCCCUACACCAUCUGAUAUGGAUCCAUCGGAAAAAGCAUCAAGUCCUGCACCAUCAGACAGAGCUCCUAUAGAGAAAGCAAGAAGCCCAGGAACAUCUGAAAAAGAAACAAGCAUUGCGCCAUCAGAAAAGGCCUCUUCAGAGAAAGCAAUCAGUCCAAUACCAUCUGACGAGGCUUCGAGCCCAAAAUUGUCGGAUAAAGCACCAUCUGAGAGAGCACCCACUCUUGUUCCUACAGAGAAAAUGACAAGCCCCACGCCUUCAGAACCGGCCCUUUCAGAGAAAACAAUUAGUCCAAAACCAUCAGAGAAACUUCCAAGCUCAACAUUGUCGGAAAAGGCGCCUUCAGAAAAGGCACUCAGCCCAGAGCCAUCUGACAAAGCUCCGAGCCCCGCUCUAUCCGAUAAGGCGCCUUCUGAUAAAGCUCCUUCUGACAGAACUCCUUCUGAUAAGGCCCCAUCGCAAAAAGCUUCAAGCCCAGUACCAUCGGAGAAAGCACACAGUCCAGUAUCUUCUGACAAAGUGCCAAGCCCGACUCUAUUAGAAAAAGCGCCAACUUCGAGGGCAGGAAGCUUGAUUCUAUCAGAUAUUGCACCAAGCCCUACGCCAUCAGACAAAGCUCCAUCUGAAAAGGCAUCCAGCCCGGUACCAUCUGAGAAGUCCCUAUCUGAAGCGGCGUCCAGUCCAGCCCCAUCUGACAAGGCUCCAACUGCAAAGGCAACUAGCCCAGUACCAUCUGAAAAGACCCCGUCGGAAAAGGCCCCGUCAGAGAAAUCACUCAGUCCAGUACCGUGUGAUAAAGCUCCUAGCCCGAUUCUAUCGGAAAAAGCUCCGUCUUCGAGAGCAGGAAGCUUGAUUAUGUCAGACAUAGCUCCAAGCCCUACGCCAUCAGACAAAGCUCCUACUGACAAGGCCCCAUCAGAGAAGUCAUAUAGUCCAGUACCAUCGGAAAAAGCAUACAGUCCAGUACCGUCUGACAAAGAGCCGAGCCCGACUCCAUUAGAAAAUGUACCGACUUCGAGGGCAGGAAGCUUAAUUCUAUCAGAUACAGCUCCAAGCCCUACGCCAUCAGACAAAGCUGCAUCUGAAAAGGCAUCGAGCCCGGUAUCAUCUGAGAAGGCCCUAUCUGAAGCUGCGUCCAGUCCAGCCCCAUCUAAAAAGGCUCUCUCUGAAACGGCAUUAAGCCCUGUGCCUUCUGAAAAGGUCCUACCUGAGAAAGUGCACAGUCCAGAACCAUUUGACAAAUCGCUAAGUCCAACAUUAUCAGAAAAGGCGCCAUAUGCAAGGGCACCUAGCCCGGUUCCUUCUGACAAAGCUCCAUCGGAGAAAGUGCCUAGCCCGGUUCCUUCUGACAAGGCUUCAUCGGAGAAAGUGCCAAGCCCAGCUCCAUCUGAUAAGGUUCCAUUAGACAAGGCCCGAAGUCCGGUUCUAUCUGACAAAGCACCAAGUCCAACAUUAUCAGAAAAGACUCCAUCUGAAAGGCUACCCAGUCUAGUUCCAUCUGAAAAAGCUCUAAGUCUAGUACCAUCAGAGAAGGCUUCUUCAGAAAAAGUGCCAAGUCCGGCUCCAUCUGAUAAAGCUCCAUCAGAAAAAGCACAAAUCCCAGUGCCAUCUGACAAAGCUCCAUCUGAAAAAGCACCGAGCCCAGUACCUUCUGAAAAGGCGCCUAGUCCAACUUUAUCAGAAAAGGCUCCGUCUGAAAGAACACCAAGCUUAGUUUCGUCAGAAAAGGCACCUAGCCCUACAUUAUCAGAAAAGAGACCUAGCUUAGUGCUUUCUGAUAAAUCACCUAAGCCAACACCAUUUGAAAAAGUUACUUUUGAAGAUCAGGUAGAUAUUUAUGAUGAACCUGGCUCUCCUGAUCUAGUAGAUGAAGAUUUAACUGAACCAGGCGCAGAAAAGUUCAUGCUUACUAAUAUGUUGACACAAUUUGACGAUAAAGUUCACAAAACCGAUGCGAUUGCUUCUUCAAUUACGAAAGAAAAGACUAUCGAAGACAUUUUGAAGGAUAUGCCUUCCGAUAAACCGAUUGGUACGACAGAUAAAGUAGGUAAAUUGGAGCCUACUACGCCACCUGUUUCGCCAGAAACAAAGAAAACUGAUGACGCUACUAGCCCCUCUGAAAAAUCGGAACCAGCAAUUAUUCCCGAAAAACCUUCAUGUGAUGAUAUAUCAUUAACAGCUGAAAAAGAUAAAACUUCAAUUGUGACUGACAAAAUAUUAACAGAUAAAUAUCUAAGUACUUCUACGCUCGUGUCAGUUGAUGUACAACCUCCAAGUCCUGAGGUUCUCAGUGAUAGAUCGGAACAGGAAGAGACCACAAAGCAAAUUAAGUCAUCCCAGCACGCGACGCACUCUGAAGAGAUCCACGUUGAGAAAGAAUCCGUCGUUUCUAAGGAAAUGAAUGUACUCGAAUCAACUCUAUACACACAUAGAGAUGACCAUGAAGUAUCAACAGAUAAGGAUGGGAUAGUUGACGUAUUAGUAUCUGGUGUAAAAGGUAUAGGUCACAUUAUAAAAGAAUCGUUGGUCGAUGGAAUAGAUAAAAUCAUCAAAGAUGAUACUAAACCUGAUGAGGAUAAAAUUAUUGUAACGCCAGGGAAAGCACCAAGCCCUGUACCUUCUGACAAAGCAUCGGAAAAAGCACCAAGCCCAAUUUUAUCGGAAAAGGCACAUUCUGAAGAAGUAUCCAGUUUAGUGACAUCAGAAAAAGCACCAAGCCCCAAAGCCCCCUCUGAGAAGGCAUCUACUCCUGUACCAGCUGACAAGGCUCCUUCUGAGAAGGCACCCAGCCCCGCACCAUCAGACAAAGCUCCCUCUGAAAAGGCACAUAGUCCAACACCAUCUGACAAGGCUUCCUCGGAAAAAGCAAUCAGUCCAGCACCAUCUGACAAAUCUCACUCUGAGCAGGUACCCAGCCCAGUACCAUCGGACAAGGUUCCCUCGGAGACGGCACCCAGUCCUGUACCAUCUGGCAAAGCUCCCUCCAAGAAGGCACAUAGUCCAACACCGUCUGAGAAGGGUCCCUCGGAAAAAGCAGUCAGUCCAGCACCAUCUGACAAGGCUGCUUCUGAAAAAGAACCCAGUCCCGCACCAUCUGACGAAGCUCCCUCUGAAAAGGCACGUAGUCCAACUCCAUCUGACAAGGCUCCCUCAGAAAAGGCAAUUAGUCCAUUACCAUCUGACAAAACUCCCUCUGAGAAGGUAUAUAGCCCAACACCAUCUGCAAAGGCUCCCACGGAGAAAAGUGUUAGUCCAGUACCGUCUGACAUUAGUCCAGCGCCUACACAAAAACUUGACGGCAAAGCACCAAGUCCCAUUCCUCCUGAAAAGCCAACUAGCUUACCUCUAUUGGAUGUUAUUUGUACUGAAACAACAGAACAUGACAAACUACUAAAUCAAACUUCUGACGAAACGCCAUUUGAAAAGCCAAUCAGUCCAAUUGCGUCUGAAAAGGCAAAGAUCUGUAGUCCAAUGCCAUUUGAAAAAGUACCUUCUGAAGACGCACCUAGUCCAUGCGAGCAUAGCCCAGAGCCAUCUGAGAAUUCCACUAGUUCAAGUUUAGAGAAACGAACUUCUAUGACAUUAGAAAAGGCCCCUUCAGAGAAGGCCACAAGCCUAGUCACAUCUGACAAAGCUCCCUCUGAGAAAGCACCAAGCCCAAUACCAUCAGACAAAGGACCAAUGCCAGAACCAUCUGACACGACUCCUUCAGAGAAAGUGGUAAGCCAGGUCCCAUCUGACAAGGCUUCGCAAGAGAAAGCGGCAAGUCCGGCACCAUCAGACAAGGUCCCCUCGGAAAAAGCGUCGAGCCCCGUACCAUCAGACAUGGCUCCAUUGGAGAAGGCACCUAGCCCAGUACCAUCGGAAAAGGCAUCCAGUUCAGUACCAUCGGCACCAUCUUCAAGAGCAACAACUUUAGUGCCCCCGGAAAUGACUCCAUCUGAAAAUGUACCUAGUCCUGCACCGUCAGAUCAAGAAUCUGAAAUGGCAAUAAGCCCUACACCGUCUGAAGAGGCACCAUCCGAAAAGGCGCCUAGCUUGGUACCAGCUGACAAAGCAUCUAGCCGUGUACUAUCUGAUAAGGUUUCUAGCCCUGCGCAAUCGGCGCCAUCUUCAAGAGCAGCUAGCUUAGUGCCAUCGGAACAAACUCCAUCUGAGAAAGCUUCAAGCCCGGCACCAUCUGACAAGGCUCCCUCUGAGAAGGCGGCAAGCCCAGUACCAUCAGACAAGGAUCCCUCAGAGAAAGCGCCAAGCCCGGUACCAUCUGACAAGGCUCCCUUAGAGGAAGCUCCAAGCCUAGUACCAUCUGACAAGGAUCCCUCAGAGAAAGCGCCAAGCCCGGUACCAUCUGACAAGGCUCCCUCAGAGAAAACGGCAAGCCCGGUACCAUCUGACAAGGCGCCAAGUCCUGCUCCGUCUGAUAAAGCUCCAUCAGAAUCUCUAUCUGAAAAACCAGACACACACACAGCACAGCACAGCACAGUGCCUUCGGACAAAGCGCCUAGCCCUGAACCGUCUGAAAAGGCUUCAGAGAAAUUAGUAAGCCCAGAUCCUUCUGCUAAGGCUUCCUCUGAAAAGGCGUUUAGCCCAGUACCAUCUGAGAAGGCCCCUAGCCCAGUACCGUCACCGCCUUCUUCGAGAGCAGCUAGCUUGGUUCCAUCAGAGAAAGCCAUAAGUCCGGUAUCUGACAAGGUCCUGUCGGAUAAGGCACUUUCAGAAAAGGCACUAAGCCCUACACCGUCUCAAAAGGCACCUUUAGAGAAAUCACACAGCCCUGUACCAUCUGACAAAGCUCUAUCAGAGAAGGCCCCUAGCCCGGUACCUUCCAAUGAGGCCCCAUCGGAUAAAGCACCUUCAGAGAAGGUACCUAGCCCAGUACCUUCAGACAAAGCAGAUAAAGCUCCAUCGGAAGUUUUAUCUCAGAAAGCCCUUAGCUCAGUACCAACGGAUAAAGCGCCUAGCCCUCCUCCGUCUGAUAAAGCACCUUCAGAAAAGGCACUAAGCCCUACACCAUCUGAAAAAGCACUUUCAGAGAAAGCUCCCAGCCCAGUAAUAUCUGACAAGGCACCAUCAGAGAAGGCUUCCAGUCCGGUACCGUCUGACAAGGCUCCGUCAGAGAAGGCUUUCAGCCCAAUACCAUCAGAUGAGGCUCCAUUAGAGAAGGCUUCCAGCCCGGUACCAUCUGUCAAAGCUCCAUCAGAGAACACUCCCAGCCCAGCACCAUCUGACAAGGCUCCAUCAGAGAAGGCUUCCGGCCCGGAUCCAUCUGGAAAGGCACCUUCAGAAAAAGCAGUCAGCCCUGUGCCUUCUGACAAAGCUCUUUCAGAUACACACAGCCCAGUACCGUUGGAUAAAGCACCAUCGGAAAAGGCAUUAAGUCCCACACCAUCUGAGAAGGCGCCUUUGGAAAAGGCACAAAGUCCAGUACCAUCAGAGAAAGCCCCAUCAGAGAAGGCUCCAGGCCCUGUACCAUCUGACAAACAACUGGCUCCUUCAGAAAAAGCAGUGAGCCCAACGCCAUUGGAAAAAGCGCCAUCUUCAAGAGCUGGUAGCUUGGCCUCAUCAGAAAUAGCUCCAAGUCCGGUACCAUCUGACAAGGCGCCUUCAGAAAAGGUACCAAGUCCUGCACUAUCUGACAAGACCUCAUCAUUUGAUCACGCAUCUAUUCCAACAGUUUCAACUAAAUCAGACAAACUCGUCGAAGAAACUAUUUGCUCGACAAGCGUGCAAAAUCUGGAGGGUAUCGUAUCCAGUGCUGUGAUACAAGAACUAAUUGAUCCAGCUCUUGAUAAGUUGAUUGCUGACAUUGGUAAACCCACAGACAAGGCUGACAAGUUCCCUGAGAAAGCCGCUAGUCCGGUACCGUCAAACAAGGUGCCAAGUCCAACUCCAUCAGAUAAGGCAACUGAAAAGGCACCUAGCCCUACACUAUCGGAGAAAGCACCAUCUAAACGAGCACCCAGCUUAGUUCCUUCAGAAAAGGCACUUAGUCCAACACCCUCUGAUAAAGCGGGUAGCCCAGUACCAUCUGAUAAAGUCUCAUCUGAAAAGGCAAUCAGUCUGACGCCGUCUGAUCAGAUCCUAUCAGAAAAGGCACGACUUGAUCUGGCAUCGAGUCCAUUACCGUUGCACAGUGAAAAGGAUGUAGCGGAUAAAAAGAUUGUUACUCCUGAUAAAUCUCGAAAAUUUGACAUUGAAACAUCAGUUGACACUACUCCAAGUACUGAUAAGUCGGAAGAAACAAUUAUUAGCUCUUCUGAAAAAGUAGACGAAGAAAAGCCAUUUACCGCGUCAGAAACAAAAUCGCUUUUGACUGAAGUAGGCAAAGAAGCCAAAGUUUCUGGAAAGGAAACAAAGGAAAUGACAGCUGACGAAAAAGAUGUAGAUGAGAAGGAUAAGGCAGUUAAAAUCAUAAAAAUUGAAUCUACGUCGGAAUCAAAACUGACAUCUGAAACAGAUAAAGAACAUACAGUUGAAAGCAUUAGCCAUGUAACAGAAUCUGAUGAAAGUUACUCUAGUAUGGAGUCUAGGAAAGAUUUACACGAAGACCGAUUAAUUAGUGGGAGUAAGCAAACAUUGCAAACUGACAAGUUUUCAAAACACGAGUCCUCCUUACACGAAAUAAGUCAUAAAUCAACUAGCGAAGAAACUAAAUCUCAUUCUAUCAAAAAGAGAUCAAUAGAGCAUGAAAAGCUAAGAGAUGCAUCAGAUAAAUUAUCAUCAAUGUCUACAAUUGAUAGUGGCGUAGACAGAGAUAGUAUGACAUUGCAUGAUUCAUCGGAAGACGUAUCCAAAGAAGUUAGCUUAGAAGAAAAAUACAGUUUCGAAACCACCGAAAAAGACAAACGAUCUAAAAUGUUUUCUGAUUCUGAAACAUUACAAUCUAUCAGUAGCAGUAGAUUCAGCAGAUUUAGCGACGAACCUUAUACAUCUACAUUAAAAGAAAUGGAAGUGUCUAAAACAGUACCUGACUCUACAAGAACAGAGUUGGGAUCUCCAAAAGACGAAAUACCUCUUUCGGAAGCAUCAGAUUCUGGAGUCCAUAGCAUUCCUUUGGACAUUGAUCAGUUGAUGUCGAAAGGUGAUGGUCUAACGCACAUUAAAGACGAUGCUAUGCAGCUAAUGGCAUCGAUUCAUAAGGCAUUUAGUGAUGACACAGUACAACAAGGAAUUAAGACCGAGGGAAUGGAAUCUUUACUAGUUUAUUCCGAGGGUGAUAGAGUUUCUACACCACCUACAGUACCUGUUAGCCCGUUACCAAAAACUCCCAGCAGUUUUCAAGAUAUCAAAGUAAGUGAAGGCGUUCAAAGCGAAGUUACUUACGAUAAAUCUGAUGGCACCGAAGAAACAAUAACUAAAGUAGUUCAUGUAGGCGAAGACGUAUUGACUCAAAGGAUUUCAACGUCCACUGAGAAAGUACCGAAACCGAUUAAGGAUUCAGCAGCGGAGAGUGAAUCAGAUCUAAUGUCUCUUAUGCAAAACAUGGGUAAAAUAAAGACGGAAACUGAUACUGUUACCAAAAUCAUCAAAGAAGGUGAGAAUGUUGUAACUCAAACAAUUACUACUGUGACGACUAAAGAAGUGAUUUCUAGGGAAGAUGGUACACCACAAAAUAUUAAGACAACCAUAGAAACAACAACACUGAGCAAGGGAUCAGAUGGUUCAACUAUCACUACGACAGAUACUCAAACUUUACUGUCGGAAUGUUCUUCCAGUCUUAAAUCUACCUCACAAAUGGAUUUAUAUGCCAAAGAUAGUAGAAUAGAUAAACUCUACCUCGAAAGUGAUAAGUCUGAAACUGAAACGAGUAGCCAAACUAAAGAAACUAGAAAAGAGGAGUCUUCCGUAACCUCUGAUUUGCCCGCUCAAGUUCAAUAUAUUUCGGAAUCAGAUGAAUCUGACGAUGACGUUGAAACAACUACUAUAGAUACUGACGUAAGCAAACGAAUAGUAAAGGAAAAUAAUGUUGAUAUUAUGGAAACUGUCACUACUGUUACCAAAAAAGAAACGCUAAAAGUUAAUGAAACCAAGAAAAUACGAACAACAGUUGAAACUACUAUUACCAAAGAACGCCCCGAUGGUACUAAAGAUGUACAAAGAAAUGUAGAAGUGAAAACUGAGGAGCCAGUUGCAGAUACAAGCAAUAUAGAACAAGCUCUUAGUAGUUUAUCUAUUCUUGGAGAACCCGAAGUAACAGAAUCAAUUGAUUCUGAAGAAGUUAAACAGGAUACAUUUAUUAUCAAGCGAGUUAUAGUCACCAAAGUUAUUAAAACGACGUAUGCAGAUAGCCAUGGAACUCCAAGGAAAUUGAAAACUGUUACAACUAUAACUACUACAGACAGUUACCCCGACGGUUCUUCUCGUACUAAAGUAGAUGGCAGUACAUCUAUUACAGAUAUAGAAGUUGAAGAAGUAGUCGAUUCACCUGAUCUUACAGAUUACACGGUAGUUGAUAAGUCAAUUACUGUAGACAAACAGGAGAAAAGUAUCGUCAGAAAUGAGAAAAGUGUAUUGCAAGUUAUAACAACAACGACUACUAAAGAAAUUUUGUCAUCUGAGGACAAAGGUAGGAAAAAAGUCAAAACUACAGUUGAAAUUGUGACUGAGACUCAUUUACCUAAUGGUGUUACAGAAAUCACUAAAGAGGUAAGGGUCUCUGUAUCUGAUUAUGAGCUAGAAUCAACUGAUGAGGAAACCGAAAACUACGAACAAAUUGGGAAGCCAUUAGAAGAUGUAACUACGGCAGUCGAAAAUGUUACAGACAAUGGAAUAACUAUUAAACGUAAAACAACCGUCACAACUAUUAAAGAAGAAUUCCAUAAUAAGGAGAAGAACGUCAAAAGAAUUAAGACUACUGUAAUUACUAGAAUUGAAGAUGAACACCCUGAUGGCUCUGUGAUUACGAAAACAAGUGAAAAAGUGUCUAUCAUUGAGGAAAAUCUGGAAACUAUUCAAGUAACAACAGUUCAAGGCUUAAGCGAGAGUGUGCCCAUAGACACUACUGAUGAAAUGAGUGAUAGUGGCCAAGUAGAAGCUAUACUAUCAGAGUUGUCUCUAGUAGGUGAGCCUGAAGAAACGGAGUCUACAGAAACAGAGGAAAUAAAAGAGAAAAACUUAGUUAUAAAGAGAACAGUUGUUACCAGAAUUGUUAAAACAAAAUACUCCAACAGUCAUGGAGUAAUAAAGAAAAUCAAAACUGUAACGACUGUCACAACAACUGAUCGAUAUCCUGAUGGAUCUGCAAAAACCACGGUAGAUGUAAACACGGCCAUAAACGAUAUCGAAACAGAUGCUCCUCAAGUAGACCUCACAGAUUUCCCUCAAGUAGAAGAUAAAUCAGUAAAUGUCGAUACGAAGGAGACAAUAGUGAUGCGAGAUGGAAAACAAGUGAAACAAAUCAUCACCACUACCACUACUAAAGAAAUAUUGGCAUCGUCUGAUGGAUCGAAGAAGAAAAUUAGGACAACCGUUGAAGUACUCACCAAAACUAAGCUUCCAAAUGGAACUACCGAAGUUUCUAAAGACGUCAAGCUUUCUGUUGCCGACUACAGUACUGAAACCUUUGACGAACAUCUAGGAGGUUUUACUCCUGUUGGAAAGCCGGACGAGCACACAAGUUCAGAAACUGAAGAAGUUACCGAAAAUGGCGUUUUUAUUGUGAGGAAAACCACCAUUACUACCAUUAGGCAAGAAUUUGAGAAUGCUGAGACGUAUUCUAGGAAAGUUAAGACUACUAUUAGAACAGUUAUAGAAGAUGAACACCCCGAUGGAACAGUAGUAACUAAAAAGAGUGAAAAAAUAUCGAUUGCCGACGUUUUCCUUAAAACGCCACAGCCAACUCAAGAUGACGCAGAAAUAACGGACACAUAUAUAGAUGAUUCUGAGAUUGUAGAAGAUACGACUGAAGAAUCAGAUGUUAAGAAUGAAGAAAUCAAGCAAGGAACAGUAACAAUUCAACGUACAAUCACAACUAAAACUAAGAAAGAAACACUGGCCAGUGCAGAUAAGAGCAUAAAACGAGUAAGAACAACCGUAGAAACGGUAACUGUCGACGAAUAUCCCGAUGGUUCCACAGAAACUACAAAAGAUGUCAAGAUUACUAUUUCAGAAUUCCAGAAAACAUCAGAUAGUGAUUUACAGGCAGCUUUACAAGGGCUCCAUUCCACUGGCAAAAUUAAAACUUCAGUAGAUAAAAAGACAAAUAUCGUUACUGAGCAUGGACGUAAAGUUACUCAAACAGUCACCAGAUAUGUGACGAAAGAAGAAUUAAAGAACAACGAAACUAAUGAGAUUGCAGUCAAAACUGUUACAGAAACAUUGACAGAAAAUGCUCAGGAAGAUGGCUCAGUCGAAACGACGAAGGAUGUAAGAACUCAAAUAACUUAUCUGCCUAUAGGAACUGGGCUUGACGACUGGACACCAGAAGAAUUAGAAGAAAUUGAAAAGCAACCUGUAUCAGAGGCAAAACCAACUCUUGAAAAUUUACCCUUGGCGCAAAAGGAAGAACCAAAGCCUGAAACCAAGCCGAAGAAACAGCGAUCUCCCGUAGGUGAAAUAACUACUGACACAGAUACGUAUACAAAAGUUAUUAAGGAGGGAGAUAAUGAAAUAACUCAAACUAUAACCGUAGUAACUACCAAAGAGGUUAUUAGCCCUGAAAAGAUGAAGGUCACAGUUGAAACGACGACGGUAAGCAAAGGCAGCGACGGUGUGACAAAAACGACUAAAUCAACUAAAACCACAAUUUCAGAAAUCAAAGAAGAAUAUGAAGAAAUAAUAGACCGAGGAGAAAGUGAAAAGUCGUUCUCAAAACUAUCUUCGAAGACGGGUGAUAUGCGCAGUUCAUCUGCAGCUAGUGACGAUUUGGAUCACGCGGGGCUUUCAUCACCACCGUCAGAUAUUAGCUCUAGAGGGUCAAGGGCAGCUGCCCAAGUUUGGGGAACAACAGAAAGUAGCGGCAUGUACUACAGUGACGAUGACGGACCUGGCAGCCCAAGUAGUACAAAGUCACAAGUAGCACACUCACCCAGGUCAAACCUCAGUUUUGAAUUAGACACAAAACAUCAAGAAUUAAACGAAGAAAUGGUACUCGAAAAGCAUUACAGUACUACGACUGAUCCUAUGUCAACAUCGAUCUAUGGUCAGUUACCUGAAGAUGAUUCCUGCACAUCUUCUAGUCACUCGGAGAUAAAAACUGAAUUGCAUACGAUUGAGAAACCUUUAUCCAAAUUAACUGAAGAUUUUUUGACUCAUGAAAAACUAAAAUCUGAAGUAACACAGCGAAUAGUAAAAUCUGAUGUUACUUUCCUGAGGGAGGCAGACGAACAUUUCGAAAAGGCAAUAGAAGAGCACAAAAAAGUUAGUGGAUCAGAAGUAAUUUCUAAUAUUACCGCUAAAUAUGAACUAGGUGAAGAAAGUCACUCGAGUAUUUCACAAACUAAGUCAUCAAAGGAAGAAACUAUAACGUUGAAAGACCUUAAAUCCGAAGUAAAGAAAACUGAAACAUCUACCUCUAGUUCCAAACAAGAAUCUAGAACAGAAAAGCACGAAUUCAGCAGCGAAAGUAAAUCUAAAGACCCAAUAGAGUCAUGGGGCAAGCCUUUAGGUUUACCUAGUCCUAUUAUGCCACCUGUGGACGGUAAGAGCACUCCAAAGAAACAAGCUAGCUCAGUUGCGAACAAGAAUAAGCUCAACCAAGAGAAGAGUAAAGAGGCCAAGAGUAGGAUAACGGAGUCUCCCAGUAAGAAGAAGGCAGUAGCUCCAGUUUACAUGGAGCUGACGUAUGUGCCUCAUCACGGAAACUCCUACUACUCAGCCAUGGAGUUCUUCAAACGAGUGCGCGCGAGGUACUACGUGUUCUCGGGUACUGAGCCGUCAAAGGAGAUUUACAAUGCCUUGUUAGACGCGAAGAAGACAUGGGAAGACAAAGAUUUGGAAGUGACGAUAAUCCCGACCUACGACACCGACGUCCUCGGCUACUGGGUAACAGAGAACGAGGAGGCCCUUGAGAAGUACAAGAUCGACCUCUCGCCCUCCGCCUCCCGCUGCACCAUCAACCUUCAGGACCACGAGACCUCCUGCGCGGCCUAUAGACUCGAGUUCUAGGUGUCGGGUCUAUUUGUGGCGUUCUCAUCCAAGAAGUGAGCCCCAACCACAGCCGGCGCGGGGAAAAACGGAGGCAGAGUAUAGCGCCGCGCUCCGAGCCCACUACUUCGAAUGAGACGCUUGCAAAUAGUAACCCCAAUGACUUUGUGAUAUUUGAAUGCAAUCAAGAGACUGCAGAAGAGUUUGAUAAAAUCAUAGUUAUAGUGCUGUGGCGUGCCGAACAACGGGCCGAGUCCUUAACCGCAUCCAAUUUUUGAAAGUCAAUACCAAAUUCUCGACCUAAGAACAGAAACGUCCAUUUUUUUCUAAACUGUUUUCUAGUAGCUUCAUCGAUAACAGUACAUGCCAUUUAAAAUAUAUUUCUGACGAUAUUUUUGAAUUUGGUCUAUACAAUCGGUAGUGCUUUUAUACACGAUAUUUAGCGUAACCAGUCCAUAUUGUUUAGCCGAAAUCCGCUUGUGCGAAUAUCAAAAUUUUUGACAAAUUAUUUUGCUAUCGCAUUUGUGAAAUUUUAAUAGUUGUACAAACUUAGCUUGCACGCCAAUUUAAGUUAAGGCUUGACAUGGACGUCAGGAUGCGUCGACGAUCGACAAGUACCUUAAUUAGAAUGAAAUUUUAAAUAAAACGUAUUAACUGUCUUAAAAAGACGAUUAAAGAUUUGAGGCUAGAUUUAGUACUAGCCACAUGUAAUAAUUGUUAGUCGUGAAUCAAACACUAUUGUUACGUCGGGGUGACGAGGAGGCGCGGCCGACCUGAUCUAUUUUUAAGAUUUCCAGCCACUGUUUUUCACUCGAGCUUUGCGAUGAAUGACUGACUCGACAAGCCGCUGAGCACAAAGCAUUUUAUAUUGGAACAAGCGUUGAUUGUUUGGAAAAAUCCUGCGUUUCCAAACUUUCCUCGCUUGUUGUCGGUAUAGCGGCUGUCACCCUGCCUUCCUUUCGCUUUAGUUCAGAUUUUUUACCGAUCAAUGCCUUCCGCGCAAAGAAUGAUACUCGUUUGCUUUAAGGAAUUAGAUUCAGAGUUUGAAUGGACCACAAUCGCGGAAGGCGUUCGAUAGAAUAUAUCCUUUAUCAGCCGCUCCCGUCACCCCUGACACCAGUGAGCCUAAAUCGUUAGGUAGAGAGCUUAACCCAUUAUAAAGUAAAUGUUUUAGUAGGACUAUUACAAAUUGAACACUCUAUUUACCUUUGUUUGUGAUUUGCUUGUUGUGCCGAAGUUUGACUGUGACAUAGUUAUAACGAUGUUAUACUUUCGAAGUCAACCGUGAUAGUUGAAUCUCUUGCGUUAAAAUUUUAUUGGCGAUUUUUUGGCCUAUCGUUUACAAAUUUCUAGUCGAGAUCCAAAUAUCUAAGAAGGUAGUUGUUAUUUUGUUCCUAAGGCCCUUCAUUCUUGCCGAGCACAUUUGAAACAACAUUAAGAUUUUGUCAUGAAAGGAGUUUAAAUGUUCUCGGCAAGACUGGAUCAAGCCGUUGAGUUCUAGCGUUUCUAAAACCGUUUCCAAAACGAAAUCCUCAUGUAAUUAUAGUAACUACCUUUAAAAUAACUCCAUUAGAUUAUUUUUCAAUUACCGCAUGUCGGAUGUGUGCGAAUGUGAUAGGUAUGAACUAAUGAACUCAUCAUUAUUUUACCAUCUAGAUAUAAGCUGUCAGCUUCCCGAGGUCCGAUGUACCUUCUUUACCUUAAUAAUAGUAAAAACUAAAUCUGUUCUUUGUUUGUUAAACACUAUAAAUGUUUACCCAACGCCUACCCACUGCCUUGCAACGGCCCGAUAUGAUCGAGUGUGUAUUUAUGAAGGGGACUUUUUUAUUUUAAGACUUGAUGAAUGAAGAUUUUCAGUCAAUUAAUUUUAAGUCAUCCAUAGUAUUAAGCCGAUCGAAACACCGUUGUCGCUUACUUUGCUAACCUCUAAUAGUGGAUAUAGAAAGAAAGCACCAGCACAAUCUAACAAAAAAAUAAAAGAAUACAUUUAAAAAAUGCUAUUAAAAAGUUUACAUCUUCAAAUUCAUAGGAGGUAGAUCAAGACAAUGACAAAACUAUUGUUAAUGAUGUUUCAACUUAUGUCAUUGAAGAUGGAAACAGGUAAUAUAAAGAAUGGUACUCUAUAUUUAUUUUUUGUGUUGAAAGUUUUCUUUAAGGUUUAUGAUAUCGGUAUAUGUGUUUGUGUGUCGGUUGAUGUGAGCACAAUAUUGUUUUCUGUGAGUUUAUGCUAAGUAGGGGACUAAACAGGGACAUGGAUGGUCAUACCUUAGUUCGUCGUAUUAAAGAUCAUAAGGCGAAUCUGCUUCAUAGUUAUUGUAUUGUUUCUAGGCUUCCCAGCCUUGAUUGCUAUUCUUUUAAUAUUUCUUCAAAAUUAAAACCUAUCUUACGACCUCUGACUUAGAGGUGACUGUUUAAAAUCGAAUGUCAAAACAAACUGGCCGGAUCAUUGCUGAAAAACCAGCAUACUUUGAGUAUGCUGAUAAUAUAAUAGCAAAUUAAAGAAAUUUAAAAGAAUAUCAAUCAGCUUAAGCUAGGCGAAAGCCUGGCCCAAAAUAUUGUAUUUUAUAGCUAGAACUUUAACUAAUUAAUGCAUACUAUUAGAAAUAAUAAAAUGUUAUUUAAAAUAAGAUUGUAUCAGCUUAGUGAACAUCAAUAGCUCUGGUAAAUAAAUCAUUAUUGAAAUUAUUAAAUGUUGUUAUUCUUUCGGCUGGUGGAUUGUCGGCUUGUAUUGGAUUGUAUUAUUUUAUCGGGCAGAUGUCCAAUAAGUAUAAGGAAAUAUUAUGUAUUGAUCCAAAAAUGUCAACACCAGUCCAAUGCUAAAUGACAAUGGCCAAUAAACAUUUAUGACAUAUUUACCUGGCACGUUGAGCACCAUACCUUUGCACCAAACAUUUUGUACACAUUUUCCCUAAAUUCUCAAUUUAUAUAAAAAUACUUGUGACUCUUUAUGGAGGAAAUAUUAUUGAGAGCUCUCGAAUUUAUGAAGUUGACAGUAAAUUGUGUCAUAAAGAGUUUAGUGACAUUGACAUGAUCGUUAAGGCAAGUACUGAGCUUAUUCCAAACUAAAUCAGAUCUAUUGACAUAUGAAUUCUACUGAAUUAUUAAUGAACGCUACUCCUAAGAACGUGACAUUUGUCAAAAGAUCAAUGUUCAUGCGCCUACGCCGAUUUAAUCCGCAAAUUUAUAUAUUCAACACGUUGCUAUUACCAACCAACAGGCGUUUUAUGAUAGUUAAGUACUUGUCUUUAUAACAUAAUAUAUUUACAAACCUAAUUUUGCUAUAGAUUUUAUUUGUACAGACAAUAAAAUGGUCGGUUUAAAUUGUGGAACUCAAACCAAAAAUUCACAUAAACACAGUAUUUUGAUCACAUAUUAAAGUAUUACAAUUUUCUUAAAAAGUACUUAACAAGUUAAUUCUUGGAGAUGAACUUUUGACAAGGCGACUAGACUUCGUCUUAUCUAAAAUACAAAAAAACUAAAUGCCACAGUUUAAAUCUCCAACAACAUGAGAAGAAAAGAAGCUAGCUUCACUUUAUUUAACUAGACUACUUCAACUUAACUGUUAUUUUCGUAUUGUGUAGAUCUAAAUUGCUAACGGAAAUUCCAAAAGAGUUUGUGCAAAAAGUGAUUUUUUUGAACAAACUAUUGAAAAAUGCUCUAGAUAACAAUAUGAGUAACUGAGUAAGUAAGGCUAGUUUUAGUGUCGCGCUGACCGUCGUCGUACAGAGCGAACCGCACCGGACCAAUAUGUAUUAAGUUGAGGGAGCGUUUUAGAGUAAAGCUGACGGGUCAGCGCGGACAUGAACUUAAUACAAUAGGGGAUACGUAAAUUCUGCCUCUAGCACAUACUGAGGGCCUACCGCGAAACACGAAAAUCGAAGCAUAUUCGAGCGAUGAAGAGGCAGAUAACAAAAUUUCUAAUAAAGAAACCGCCUUGAUGCAUCAGUGUGAUAGUGAAAACUUCUCAAAACUGUUUUAGGCAUAGCAUGUAUAAGUUACCCUAUGGUUUAGAAUAUUUUAUAUGAUAGUGCUGCUUUCUGGCGACAGGACAUUGCAGUAAUUCCCUAUUGGUUGGUGUGACACUGAAACUAGCCUAAUUCCUAAAAGCUAAGAAGAGUAAGAAAACUAAAACAAUAAUUGACAAUCGCAAAAGUCGUAGAGUCCGUCUAAGUUAACUUUACAGUGUCUUGAACAGAGCAAAGUGAGGGCGUGUCAUUAUAAACGUCCUAUUUUCAUAGAAAUUUGACAUACAUGAUGACUUUCCCACACUUUGUCAUUGCAAAUGCCGUGCAUAGUUAGCUUGAUCCGACACUGAUAAUUAAAUUACUUUUGGUUUGUUAUACUUCGGCGGCCGAUCGUAUGUUCAGGCAGAUCGUGAAAUUCCUAGGCAUAUCAUGAAACAUGAGAAUCUUUGUCUCGUUCCGAGUCGACGGAGCCCCGCGUGACUAUAUUUCGGGGCAGUUUGCUCUUCGGGCAUCUGAAGCAACCUAACAAACCUAUCCUACCUAUCUAUUGAUUAAAUGUGACUACCGUCAAAACUUUACACAGGAACUUCACGAUCUGCCUGAUCUUACGAUCGGCCGCCGACAUAUACAAGCUAGUCUCUUUUAUUCUAAUGUUGGCUAAAUAUUCAGUAUACUUUAUGGACGGAAUUGUGUUAGAAAGUAAUGUUGUUGGUGAGUUGGAUGCAUAUCCAAGGUUCGGCGGUGUUCACAUUAGACUCGGAUCCGCACGCCGCUCCGGUGUGCGAGCGGGACGUCGAUAUAUACGUGUAUAGCGUUAGCUCGCUCACACACCGUUGUGACGGGCGGGUCUACAACAGUGUGAUAACCGUGUUAUAGUUGCUCGCCGCGUACAAUUCAAUUUUGAGGUCUAUAAUUUGAAAAUAAAUUGUUCGAAAAGGGGUAAGAAAAAAAUGUGAUAAGUUUUUUCGAAAAUAUUGAAAAAAAAAUUGUUAUUUCUAUUCGUUGGUGUUGGUAUGUAAACCUACUUUCUUAUUAAAAAAAAAAACGGAACAUUUGCGAGUAACACUUGCCCGCCGUGGGUUCAGUACAAAUUGAACUAUUUUUUUAUUUAAUUUGUUUACAAAUUUAUUGUUUUGAGAUUUUUCCCUAUACUUGUUUUGUAAGAUGAUAUUACAUCCCUUUCCCUUGAGAGUGCCGAAAUAUACGUCUUUUGCGGCAUAAGUGGCCGUAUCUUUUUUUACGUUAACUUAGAUUUUUUUUGUAGCUUCAAGGGACUGUAGAGAUGAGUAAGUAUAUGGUUUUAAUUUCAACUCGAUACCUCCACGCGUUCCCGCGAUAAAGGGUCUUGACAGACAGACAGAAGGACGGACGGACAACGGAGUGAUUCUAUAAGGUUUCCAAUUUUUCCUUUUAGGGUACGGAAACCUAUAAGUUUUAUGAAAAUUUUGAGAUUUUUUGUAUAAAACAUCUCAAAACUAAUUUUUAUUUACAUUAUAGAAAGCAUAUGUACUGGACUAAUUCAUAUAAAAAAAUGUUUUUUAAUCAAUUAGACAACAACAACAUUUUUUUAAAUCAAUUAGUCCUCUUAUUAUGAAUAUAAAUAGCAAAAUUUACACAAUAAACAAUCCUACACAUUCUUUUACGCGUAAAACCCCCAAAAUAUCACUUUACUAAAGUUAUAUUGAACUGAAUCAUAUGAUGUUGAAAUUGACUUGUAACGGCGGACAACAUAGUUGGUAAGAAUGCUUUUGUGGUGCUAACAACGGGUGGUAGGCGUAAUUAAUGAUUUAGAGCUAUAACGGUGAUGAGGUGGUGAUGACGAUGGUAAUGAUAGUGAUGAUUGUAUUGAUGAUGAAAACUGCGUUGAUGGUGGGCAGGCUAACGUUUCUGAUGAAAUAGUAAUAGUUGAUGAAUUUUCCAACAUUUUAGACAAAACGUGGGAAAAAGUUCAUAUUUUUCUGCAUUAUUAAAUUAACAAAAUAUAGAUUAUGUCGUCCGAAAUAAAUGUUUUUUUUUUAUUGUGUACGAAAAAUAGCCAAAAAUACGUAAAAUAAAUAGCAGUUGUUAAAUGGUUCUACUAACCAAGUAAGGUAAAAUUUUCUAGAAGCUGCUCUCUAGUACAGUCAGCCAAGAAAGUGAUUUACCACUUUUUGACUCUAUUACUUGACAAAUAAAGUCGAAAAGUGGUAAACCACUUUCUUGGCUGACUGUACCUGCCCUUACUGAUACAUUAAAAAUAAUAAUAUCCACCAUGUAAAUUAUAUUACUAAAAUAACAGUGCUGAAUAUAUGGACGUUUAACCAUAGAAAGGAAAAUAAAUUUGAAUGGUUUGGGAUGGGAAUAAGUUGAUAAUGAUAAAGUAGGUACUUUGAAAGUUAUCAUCACAUCACCGUUUAGAUUAUCAACACGCUUAAUGGUUAGACUGAUGCGUUACAUCGCUUUCGUUACAGCCGUUUUGAGGAGACAUCAAAGAUGCUGAUUUCUAUGUUUUGUGUCAAUUUGAUGUCAUGCACAGAUUUUCAUUAUACUAAUACUCAUAUUUUUUGACUUGUGUAGUUUGUUUUACUACAUGUUAAUGAUUUUUUGUUGUGUAUCUGAGCACAGUCAGAAUCAAUAGUAGCUGAUGAGGCUUCCGUUCAAAAGUAUCUACUAUUAUCUUACAAAGUAUUGUAAUCGUGAUAGAGUAUCGCAGAUACGUUAGCAAAAGUUGUAGAGAUACCGAUACCUUUGAUAUGACGCGUUGUUUUGUACUAACGGCCCGAUUCAAAGUAUGAUUGACACGUUUAAGAUCUUGGGAAGAUCUUUAAAAGAUCGAUAACUAAACGACAUGUCAAAAUUUACGUUUAUUUUGAUUCAGCUGAUCUCCCAAUAAGAUCUAUCUAAGAUAUUCCUAACGUCAAUGUGACAUUGAUUGCCUAUAUUGAGCUGCUUCUGUCAAUUAUAGGACUAACAAACGAUAUCUAAAUGAGAACUUAUCGUUAACGUAUCUCAUUCUUCGAAUGUCGUAACGCUACUAAUAAUGUUGAACUGUAAAAAGCGAUAGAUAACUUUUUUUUUAAUUAAAGAAUAUUACUAUAUGAAUUAAAACUAUUAAAUGAGUUAAUUUAUAAGUGAAUUUAAUUUAUAGUUAACCUUGUUUUUUUUUUAAAUUAAAAAAAAAUAACAGCAUAAAAUACCUUGACACAAAACAAAAAUGAAAUGGCAUACUUCGUGACAAAACUCUUAAAAUAAUGUUUAAUAAUUGUAAUAAUGAUAUGUGGAUCUAGGUAUUUGUAAUGAUUAUAUGUAAAUUUAAAAUUAAAUCAUUAAUUGUAUCAGUCGUGUCGCUACCCCCAUUCGGCGUGUUUGAUGGAAGUGUAAGAGUCAUUAAUGAAAUAAAAAAAAUAAA